CUAGGUUUUGGAGGUCGCGACACUUCUUGUUGGUGCCAGCUGCAGCCAUGGCGGAGUCAAGCGCGCGUUCUUCUCGUGGCUCGGCUUCUGCAGGUCGUGGCGGUGGCGGCGGCUACGAUGGCCUAGGGUCGCCGGUGGCGUACCGCGUGGGCCCCCUGGACUACACGCCGGCGAAGUACUGCUACUGCCAGCUGAAGGCUUGCCGCUGGAUCUCGUGGAGUAAGAAGUCCCCGGGGCGGAGGUACUGCAGAUGCCAAAGGAGCGGGACUGUUGCAGAAUGUGCCUACUUUGUCUGGGUUGAUGAUGAACCAACUGAGUGGUACUCAGAGCUUAUUGGUGAUCUGCGUGAUGAGGUGUGGAGGAUGAGGAAGCAGGUUAUGGAGCAGGGACCAUUGGUGAAAUGCUUCCCAGGAAUCAGCCAGUACAACCUCAACACACCAGUGGAAUUGUAG